AUGCAUUUCCAAUCCACUCUUGUCGCUGGCAUUAUUGCCACCCUCUCUGCGACUGCCAUUGCAGCACCUGUUGUUGCUCGCUCCGACGCUGAUGCUGCCACCCGCUAUGUCGUGGAUAAGCGCUCUGACGCAGACGCCGCCACCCGCUAUGUAGUUGACAAGCGUUCUGACGCUGAUGCCGCCACUCGCUAUGUAGUUGACAAGCGCUCCGAUGCUGAUGCUGCCACCCGCUAUGUCGUGGAUAAGCGUUCCGACGCUGAUGCCGCCACUCGCUACCUAAACUCAAAGGCCAUCGGCAUCUCCUCUGAUCUGGUCAUUAUGCCUAAUUAUCCAAACGGACCGAGGGUAGCACAGCAGCUUCGACCGAAUGGUAGCCAGGCAGCCUGCGAUCCCUGCCGCACGCGCAAGGUGGCGUGCGACCACGCCCGCCCAGCGUGCUCCCGCUGUCGCGCAAAGAAUAGGGGAAGCGAGUGUGUCUAUUCGGCCAAUGCUGCACGCAAGGUCAAAGCCAGCGAUAACCUGCUGCCCUCACCCGUCGAUGCGCCGUCCGUGGCUCUACCGCCUCGCCCGCCUAAGCGGCCGCGCCCAAACAUACGCCUCGGCUAUACCUCCGCGCUUGAGGAGUCGCAGCCGAGUUUCUCAGCGGCCGCUCACAGCAACCUCUACGGUCACAUUUCGCCAAGUGAACAGCCUCAGCAGGACCGGCAGGUGAUAUUCAGCGAGCUACCCCGGCCAGUUCGCGAGACUUGCAUGGCAGUGAUACGAGCCCUUCCUAAUCAGCGGGACGCGCAGAUGGUGUACCUCGAGGGCGAGUUUCAGGCAAAAGGCUGGCUUCAUCUCGCAGCACAUCGCAUAGUACGAUGGUUACAGACUGUACUUGCCGAAUCGCCGUCGCGAAGCGAGCAAGAAACGGUCGAGCGUGUUGCUGAAAUAAUAUCCAGCAACACGUCAAGAUCGAUGCGUGGCCCUUUUGCAGACUGGGAGUCAUGGCUGAACUCUUUUGUCGGCCCAAAUACGAGAUGGGAGUCUAUAGGGUUGCUUUGGACUCACAUGGAGCGCAUUUCGGACAUUUUAGAUGCCCUUAUUCCGAGGAAGCUGGUUCGCUCAGAAACCAACACGUCCAGUCAGACGGCAGCAUUCCAUGUCGACAGCUGCAUUCGUCUUGCACGUCACUUUAUAGACGAGAGUGACUUACUAGCAGAAUUAUAUCGUCGAAGAUCAGUUCUGGUAUCUUUUGCAGAGGGCGAAUUAGGACUGAAAAUGUGGGAAGCGCACGGCGCAAAUGUAAACUAUAUGAUCUUUCUCGGCCUGCAUGCUCCGGACACCAGCACACCAUAUAUCCCAUCGGCGUGGUCCGAAAACAACCGACGACUGGCGGCGGCCACUUUUGUCUUCGACAAGAUCGAAGUCAUGCUCACCGGUCGUCCGCCCCUCAUCAGUCAUCGCUUCUACACAGCGCCAUUACCUCUUGAUCUUCGCGACGAAGACCUCAUUGCCGGCUCCACCACUUUAAAUAAUGCCAUUGCUUCACUUGAUGAACGAGGCUGGAACACAGACGGUGGCUUGUACCCGUCGACCGUGGCGAGAGCUCGCUGCAUGAUGGCAUUGAUUCGAGACGAGGUAAUCGAAGUCACCAUGAGCAAUGGUCGUAAUCCAAGUUUGGAGUAUCUCAUGGAUCUUAAAGAUCGCGAGUACACAGUCGUAGCCGAGUUCCCGUCCAGCCUCAGAUAUGAUCCCCGAGAUCUCGAAAUCACACAUACAGAGAUUCAUCCCCUGUAUAUGAAGAUUCUAACGCAUCUGGAACACCUCCAGAAUUUAUUCUUCAUCGAUAGGCUUUUGAUACGUUGUGGGUAUGCCAUCCGAGACAACUUGUUGGAGAACAGCCUUGCUUUGGCGGGUUUGGCUCUCCACUUAUGGAUUCACAAAGACCAGUUCGCAGAUGCUGUUGUGCAGCGCAGUUUCGAUUGGAUUAUGCUUUCGUAUGGUGCGCCCGCAGCCGGCAUCCUGUGCCAAGAGGCACUGGGCACAGGCGAGCACAGCAAAGAACCCAACAUCAGCCGGGCCACCAUCAUUCAGCAGCUGAGCCUACUGGUUGGGUUUUUCGACUGGGUUCGGCCUUCGGCGCCAAAUGCAAAAUUCUGCGGAAACUGCAAGGCCAUCAUCCAGCAGGUGCUAGAUCAGUGCCUCAACACAAGUGCGGAGACAAGCGGGCCGACAUUUCCGGUCUGGGACUUGGGUGAUCAGCCAGACUUCAAUUUCGAGCUCAUGGAUACCUUUGACUGGCUGCGGCCUGCUGAGCAAUAG